CGGCGCCAAGAUGAGUGGAGAGGAGAACCCAGCCAGCAAGCCCACGCCGGUGCAGGACGUACAGGGCGACGGGCGCUGGAUGUCCCUGCACCAUCGGUUCGUGGCUGACAGCAAAGAUAAGGAACCCGAAGUCGUCUUCAUCGGGGACUCCUUGGUCCAGCUCAUGCACCAGUGCGAGAUCUGGCGCGAGCUCUUCUCUCCUCUGCAUGCACUUAACUUUGGCAUUGGUGGUGACGGCACACAGCAUGUACUGUGGCGGCUGGAGAAUGGGGAGCUGGAACACAUCCGGCCCAAGAUUGUGGUGGUCUGGGUGGGCACCAACAACCACGGACACACAGCAGAGCAGGUGACUGGCGGCAUCAAGGCCAUUGUGCAACUGGUGAAUGAGCGACAGCCCCAGGCCCGGGUUGUGGUGCUGGGCCUGCUUCCGCGAGGCCAACAUCCCAACCCACUUCGAGAGAAGAACCGACAGGUGAACGAGCUGGUACGGGCGGCACUGGCUGGCCACCCUCGGGCCCACUUCUUAGAUGCCGACCCUGGCUUUGUGCACUCAGAUGGCACCAUCAGCCAUCAUGACAUGUAUGAUUACCUGCAUCUGAGCCGCCUGGGCUACACACCUGUUUGCCGGGCUCUGCACUCCCUGCUUCUGCGUCUGCUGGCCCAAGACCAGGGCCAAGGUGCUCCCCUGCUGGAGCCCGCACCCUAAGCAUCCUGCUGCCUUCCCACAACAUUAAACUCUCCUUCCUCAG